CCGGGUCCCCGCGCGGCACAGGGUCGUGUGUGCGCGUCCCGCCGCGGCUGCGGGCCCCGGUGCGUCCCGACUCCGCCUCCUCGCGGCGGGCUCGAGCCCGCCCGGGCGGCCGUUGGGCCGGCUGUUGGCCAGGGGUGCCGGCCCCGAGCGAGCGGCGGCGGCGUCCCCGGAGACCCUGCGGCGAGGCCGGGACGGGGCUACGGUCUCUUCUACGAUGGAGGGAAGCAGGCAGACUCGAGUGUCCCGGCCAUACAAGAUCAGCGAGUCGUCAAAGGUGUACCGCUGGGCCGACCAUUCAGGCACGGUGUUACAGCGGCUCAACGAGCAGCGUCUCCGUGGCCUCUUCUGUGACAUCGUUCUGGUGGCCGAUGAGCAGCAGGUGCCGGCCCACCGCAACCUGCUGGCUGUGUGCAGCGACUACUUCAACUCCAUGUUCACCAUCGGCAUGCGCGAGGCUUUCCAGAAGGAGGUGGAACUGAUCGGCGCCUCCUACAUCGGGCUCAAGGCCGUGGUGGACUUCCUGUACGGUGGGGAGCUGGCUCUGGAUGGUGGCAACAUCGACUACGUCCUGGAGACGGCGCACCUGCUGCAGAUCUGGACAGUGGUGGACUUCUGCUGCGACUACCUGGAGCAGGAGGUGAGUGAGGACAACUACCUGUACCUGCAGGAGCUGGCCUCCAUCUACAGCCUCAAGCGGCUGGACGCCUUCAUCGAUGGUUUCAUCCUGAGUCACUUCGGCACACUGUCCUUCACGCCCGACUUCCUGCAGAACGUGUCCCUGCAGAAGCUGUGUGCCUACCUGGGCAGCAGCGAGGUGCAGCGGGAGUGCGAGCACGACCUGCUACAGGCUGCCCUGCAGUGGCUGACACAACAGCCCGAGCGCGAGGCGUACGCCCGCCAGGUGCUGGAGAACAUCCACUUCCCGCUCAUCCCCAAGAACGACCUCCUGCACCGCGUCAAGCCGGCUGUGUGCUCGCUGCUGCCCAAGGAGGCCAACUGCGAGGGCUUCAUCGAGGAGGCCGUGCACUACCACAACAGCCUGGCAGCCCAGCCCGUCAUGCAGACCAAGCGCACAGCCCUGCGCACCAACGAGGAGCGCCUGCUGUUUGUGGGCGGCGAGGUCUCUGAGCGGUGUCUGGAGCUCAGCGACGACACCUGCUACCUGGACGCCAAGAACGAGCAGUGGGUCAAGGAGACGCCCCUGCCAGCCCGGCGGAGCCACCACUGCGUCGCUGUGCUGGGGGGCUUCAUCUUCAUCGCCGGCGGCAGCUUCUCACGGGACAACGGAGGGGAUGCGGCCUCCAGUCUUCUUUAUAGGUAUGACCCCCGCUGUAAACAGUGGAUCAAGGUAGCCUCCAUGAACCAGCGCCGCGUGGAUUUCUACCUUGCCUCCAUUGAAGACAUGCUGGUGGCCGUUGGGGGCCGAAAUGAGAACGGAGCUCUCUCUUCAGUAGAGACGUACAGUCCCAAGACCGACUCCUGGUCCUACGUGGCCGGCCUGCCAAGGUUCACGUACGGCCACGCGGGCACUAUCUACAAGGACUUUGUGUACAUCUCUGGGGGCCAUGACUACCAGAUUGGCCCAUACCGCAAGAACCUGCUGUGCUAUGACCACCGGACGGACGUGUGGGAGGAGCGGCGGCCCAUGACCACGGCGCGUGGCUGGCACAGCAUGUGCAGCUUGGGUGACAGUAUCUACUCCAUUGGGGGCAGCGACGACAACAUCGAGUCCAUGGAGCGCUUCGAUGUGCUGGGCGUGGAGGCCUACAGCCCACAGUGCAACCAGUGGACACGCGUGGCGCCGCUGCUGCACGCCAACAGCGAGUCGGGCGUGGCCGUGUGGCAGGGCCGCAUCUACAUCCUGGGCGGCUACAGCUGGGAGAACACUGCCUUCUCCAAGACGGUGCAGGUGUACGACCGCGAGGCCAACAAGUGGAGUCGGGGCACCGACCUGCCCAAGGCCAUUGCCGGUGUGUCGGCCUGCGUCUGCGCCCUGAAGCCACGGCUGGAGGACAAGAAGAAGAAGGGCAAGGGCAAGCGGCACCAGGACCGGGGCCAGUGACCGCCGGCUCCUGUAGCAUCUGCAGACUGGCCCAGCUGCAUAGACCCUGCUGCCAACAUCAUGUACUGCUUAGCAGCUUUUUUUACUUUUAUGAUUCCUGGUAUUUCUAUGAUAUCACAAUAACCGAUUAAACAUCGUAUGUAACUUUAUAUAUUUUGCUUGAAUAAUUAAGCCUGGGCCCAGGCAGUAAAGAACCCCUUGUAUCUGUGCAGGCCUCCGUCCUCCUGGGUCCCCCUCACCGUCCCCCAACAGUAGCCAACACGUGGGUUACACAGAAGUUUAUGUACUGGAACUUGGAUCCUUAUACAGAUAUAUUGGAUCACCUAAUCCAAGCCUCCGCAAACCUGGCUGAGCCUUUAAAAAAAUACAGAUUCUUGGGCCCCACCUCAGAAUCGUCAAAUCCAAGGCUACCAGGAGUGGCACAGUGGGUGCUGCUCAGAGACUGUAUUUUAACCAGUUCUUAGUGUUGUGAGCAUCAGCCACAUUUGGGAAUUGCUGGUGAGUCCCAGUGUGUGUGUUUUAUAAAUGAGGGCACAGAGACCCCCCCACCCCCCAGGAGGGUGAGUGAGUGACAAGGGGUCACCCUGCUCCCCGCACUGGCAGGUGACACGUGGGGACUUCUUGCCAGGAAGCUGUUCUGAGAUUUCUCUGUCAGGCGAAUAGUUUUCCUGGUUGGUAAUCCUGAAUUGUAAAAGAUUACAAGUAACCAAGAAAGAAACAAAAGGCAUGAAGCUCUUUAUAAACAUUAUUUUAUAAUUUUGCCAUGUGUGGUGGCUCACUCCUGUAAUCCCAGGAUUCCAGGAGGCUGAGUUGGGAGGGUCCUUUGAGCUCAGGAGUUUGAGACCAGCCUGAGCAAAAACGAGACACUAUCUGUACUAAAAAUAGAAAAACUAGCUGGGCAUGGUGGUGGGUGCCUGUAGUCCUAGCUACUCAGGAGACUGAGACAAGAGGAUCGCUUGAGCCCAGGAGUUUGAGGUUGCCAUGAGCUACAGGGAUGAUGAUGUCACUGCACUCUACUCGGGGUGACAGAGUAAGACUCUGUGUCCUUUAAAAAAAAAAGUGUAAUUUGCACUUUUCCCUCCUUUUUUUCUUUUUUCCUGAACCCACUGUCUCUUAACAGUACAGAUGUGCUGAGCUCCCAAAACUUAAGGUUACCACCAUAGAAUUUGCUGUUGUUUCUCGCUGAGUCUUUCUCUGAGAUACCAUUGAAAGUUCCUACACAGUUGAGUGCGUGUUGAUCCCUAAGAAGGUCAUUGGAUAUCUUCCCCAACUCUGGUCCCAGUUGCCUGCUGCUAAGUAGUUUUGUGCUGCCAGGCAAAUUCUUUAACAAGUCUUGAUCUGUUCCCUCCACUUAUUAAGAAACAGGGUUAGGGUUAGGUGAAAUAAUCUCCAGGCUCCUCCCAGGUGCCAAAUUCUAUGGGUCUCUGUAAGCCGUGAAUAUGUGACUGGUGCCUCCUUCAACUGCCCUGCUCUGACUCCUGCAAACAGUCCCUAGAACAGGUGUUGAGAUUGCAUGACCUUCAAGAAAGCUCUGGGGUGGCUGCCCGAGCCACUCUGUCCUGCAGACUACCACUGGGGGGGGCUGUGUAGGAGUGUGAUCAGUUUUAAUCUUUCUGUUUUUUUGUGGAUCAUACAUCAAUUUUAAUCUUGAGCCAAGGAAGGCAUUCAUGAUCUGCACCUCAGCAGAGAUCUCACCCGCAGAGAUUAGAAGACAUCAAGAUUUAUCACUAACAUUAAUAUUCGAAUAAGAAAAAUCUUAGUUAACAUUUAUUUCUGUUUCUUUUGUAUCUUUGCUGUAUUUCCCUUUUCUUUCAGAGCUAACUGAUUUUCACUGGUCUGUUUCUGUGAAGAUGAAAAGUGGUCUGGGGCUUGGAAGCUUCAAUACCCAAGUUACUGCUGCCCUCUGUUACUAACUGGGCCCUCAGCUAAACCAGUGUUUAGCUCGUUACUUACAUGCGGAAGUCUCUAGGGGGUGCACAACAUUGAGAAGUUUUGCAGAGCAUACAAACAAACCAAAAAGCUAUAAACUCCCCUUGGAGGUGUACAAUACUCUAGUAUAUUAAAGGCUCGGAGAAGUCCUGCAUUAGCUGUUAACCUCCCAUCAACCGAACAUUUUCAAACUUCUUUUGAGCCUGAAACUUUUUUGUCAUGUCUAAUCCCAGACCUCCACAAAACAUGUUUUGCACAACUUCUGCCAACAUUGGGGUGGUAGCUUACCCCCCAGCUCAUUCCAGUAAAGUUUUUAAUACUUGGCAGACCCUUCAGAAGGCACAGUGUGGUAAGGUGUGUGUGCUCUGGCCGAGCUUAGCCUAGGGCAUGAACAAACAGAUGGUGGUACAGCCGAUAUCCAGGGGCAGGUCAGGGAGAUCAUACAAUGUCUCAGUGACUCGGGGAGCAGGAAUGCUUUGACCUUGGGGGAGGAGCACCACUGAUUUUUAGCCUAAGCCAUCCAGCUCUUCAUAGGUUUUGCUACUGGGACUUGUCCCCGGAUAUGUGUUAGGUGUCACCCUCUAUUCUGAUGUUCUUGUGUCUCGUGGGUUACAUAGGAUGUCCCAUACCUUACAUUUUGUGAUCUUUCCUGGUACUAGUAAGGCGUUUAUAAUUUACAUGGCUUGGAAUCUAAUAAGGAUGAGAGUGUUCUUUUAAAAGGAGGAUUGAUAAGUAAGUUUUAUCUUGUGGAGAACACCUGGAAUUUUUUUGUUUUUUAAUCUUUCAAAAUGAGCGUGGCAGGCUUUUAUUUAGCUUUAGAUUUUUCUGAUUUUUAAAGAAUUAGAGUCUUAACUUCAUAUUAGUGUUAAGUUUGGGGCUUGGUCUUUGCCCAAGUUGAACCCAGUUUGUUUAAGACACGGUAUAAGGAUAGAAGGGAAGGAGAGGAGAAAGCAGGAUACCCUGUCCCUGCAGUGGUCUUUCUGCUAUUUAAAAUAUACAUGGAUUAUCUUUUCAGCUGACUUGUACUUAGCACUCAACUGGUAUAGUCAACAUUCUGCCGUUCUAGUAAGGCUACCAGGAACAUUCGGAAUGUUCCUCCCCCACUCCUUCUUAACAAGGUGACCACAUGUGACUUAGUAGAGACCCAGAAGCUAAACCCAAGGGGUGUUCAGUUCUGGGGUAGGAACCCCAAAGCUAAGGGGAAGUGGGAUCCUCUUCUGAGGUCAGGGUCCUGCUCUGUGGGUUCAGGUGCAUGAACCUGAGGUUCAGAGUACCUCACACCCUAAACCAAGAUUGACCUUCCCAUGACUUGUAGCAAUGGGGAAAGUGAAAGACCCCAAUGCUUGCCCCCCAACCUCUGGUGGAGUUACCAUCAUUCUUUGUCCUGGGCCUCCGUGGUUCAUAGCAGCACCUCACCGGCCUUGUGGCUCUAGGAGCUUGUGGCUAGAAUCUCAGCCCACUGGUCUCAAAGCUGAAGGGACAGGGCAGCUGAGGUUUGGAGCUGGUGUCCAUGGAUUCUUCAUGCCCCCAAAAGGGAGCAGAGAGGGGGAAGGGUGGCAUCCCGGCCUCCAGGAUAAACCCCUGGAGCGUAGGCAACUCCCACACGGGCACCUGUGCACCUGCCGAGCCCGGCAGUUUUUAGAGUUUUUCGAAAUGUUUUUUGAUACUUUUUGAUACAAUUUGCUAAUAACCAUUUUGUAGAAUGCCUGCCCAGGUUUUCCACCUUAUCCCCUCCCUCCAGCCUCUUGAUUUGUGCUGGACAACCAAUGUCCCGGGGUCAGUGCCAGGCCCUCACCUCGUCUGGCUUUGUCUUGGAUCCUGCCCUUCUCCCCGGCUGAUCUGGUACAGCUCUGGAAUUGCACCCAGUGACACGCGGCACGUGAGUGUGACCAUCUCAGGCCAUCACCUGAUUGGCCGAGAGGACACUUACCUCCCUUAAGAGGUUCUGCGAUUCUUCCAAAGCUCCUACCUCAGAGGUGUGCACAGAGUCGGAGAGACACCAGAGGCCUGGUCCACGUCUCACCUUUCUCAUACAGGUCAUUUCUCCAUCCAGUGUAGGGCUGGGGUCCUGGGGCCCUGGUCUACUCACCUCUGUUCUUUAGAGAAAUCUCAACAUGAAAUCGAUAAAAGCUAAAACAGCAAAUCAUUCUUGCACUUUAUAGAAUCAUAGUCUAUAGAGUUUGUUAAUUUUUUUUUUUAACAUGAACAAAAUCUGUGGUUUCUGAGGGUGUUUGGGGGUCUCAAAUUGUCCAUAGAUUGCCUUAGUUAAAAGAAUUGAAUGUACAAAUUUCAGUGGUGGAGGGGUAAAAGGGAUAAACCCUUCCAUGUCUUAUUUUCUUCAAGAAAAGAAACUCUACCUUUUCAAAGCUCCUUGAAGCCAUCUUUACAGGUUGCUCGUGUAAGGAAGAGCAGUUCCCUUUGGAUCAGUUGAGGUUGGUCCCCUUUCAGAUUCGGUGAGAUAUCUGAUGAUUAAGUAUAUUCAUUGGGUAUGUUCUGGCUACUAAUGUUACUGAAAUCUGUUAAUUGUUGGUGUCUUUUAAUUGGUUGCUUUUGUAUUUGUAAUUUAAUGGCAUUCAAAAUUUUUCUGUCUUACCUCUUUUUAAUUUCUGCACGUUGCUUUGUUUGUUUGUUUUUUAAUUCUAUACAGAGUAUUCAAUUCUUGAAACACAUUAAAAUAAUAUGCCUGCUAGGGUUUGGUUUAUAAUUACA